GAUUAUUGAUUAGGAUAAAAAUAAUCAAUUGAUAAGACAGAUGAUUAUAAAAUAUGUGGUUGUAUUUAUUGAUUAUAUUUAUUUAAAUAUGUAUUGAGAUUCUGCGCUCGAAGAAAAUCUUCUGGAUUGCCUUGGUCUUAUCUAUUUGUUUGGUUUUGAUAAAUAAAUUGAGGAGUGAAUAAAUGAAGUGAUUAGAAGCUUAAAAUUGGGGAGUAUGGUUGUGGAUUUUGAUUGAUUUGACGAAGUUUUUUAUAUAAAAAAUCAAAAGUGUUCUUUCUGGGAAAAAACAGCCCGGCGAGCGAAGAAGCUCCGGGAUUUGAGCAACAGGAAAAGGGAAGCUCGAUGCCAGAGGCGUCGGGGUCAGGGGUCGGGCUGGGAGUGAUGGGAGUGGCUGACGAGCAGGAUUACUCGACCUUCGAAAAUAGAACGGGUCUCGCCGACGACAUGAAGUUCCUGGCGAGCAUGCCCGAGCUUUGUGACGUGACCUUUCUCGUGGGUGACACUAGGGAGCCGGUUUGCGCGGUGAAGGCCGUCCUCGCCGCUCGCAGCAGAGUCUUCCAUAAAAUGCUUUACCAAGCGCCGAGUCCGCAGCGUAAAAAAGAACCUCAGAAAGACAAGCUGAGAUUUUUCCUCAAAAGAAGCUCCGAGCCGCUGCUAAAUCUCCAGAACGCGGCUCAACAGCGGUCAGGUUACGUUCAGCAGUUGGCGCCCAUAAUAGAGCCACAAUCGAACCAGCAUCACACGUUGAUUAUUGAGGAGUUUGAGCCGGAUGUAUUUAGGCAGCUCAUAGAGUACAUUCACACGGGAUCUGUCACUUUGCAGCCUAGAACUCUGUUAGGAGUAAUGAAUGCUGCUGAUUAUUAUGGAUUGGACGAAUUGAGAAAAGCUUGCGCUGGAUUUGUACAAUGCUGCAUUACUGUUGAUACUGUCUGUGCGCUUUUAGCUUCUGCUGAACGAUAUAUUCAAUAUAAAUGUACAAAGUCGCUCGUACAAAAGGUCUUAGAAUUCGUAGACGAACAUGGAAAUGAAGUAUUAAAUCUUGGAUCAUUUACACUAUUGCCUCAACAUGUCGUAAGAUUAAUUUUAGCUCGUGAAGAAUUACGAGCUGAUGAAUUCACUAAAUUCCAGGCAGCAUUGAUGUGGAGUAAGAAAUACUGCGAUAGUAAUCCAGGUCUGCCAUUACCCGACGUAAUCGGUAAUUUCCUCGAGUAUAUCCAAUUCCAUAAAAUCCCGGCUACCAUGCUAAUGAAAGAAGUUCACCCUCUGGGGCUGGUCCCCAACACUACUAUCAUGAAUUCUCUCGCUUAUCAGACCCCUCCAGUGUCGACGUCGGAAAGCUGUCUCCUUACAGAGUGAGGAAGCACGGACGAAGCAUGUCUGUGCAAUCUUCUUUGGAUCCGUAUGGGAGCAACACGACUCUGAGCUCCUGUGGAAGCGACGUCGGAUCGGACCAGAAGCAGAACUCGGGCAGCAACUAACCUACGGCCCCGGUCGCC